CAUAUUUCUAUGAAAUCUUUUGAUGGCUGUCUGCUGUCUGCUUAACUGGGCAUUGAUGUUGGAACUUCGAAUAUUGGCGCAUUUGAGCGAAGACGCAGGUCUUUGUUCUGUUCUUAGCCAACCCGAUGGCGAUGUUUUCCGCGGCAUUGUAUCGGUUUGGAAAAAGAAAAAGCAAGAAGAAGUCAGAGACGAUGAAAGGCAAAAAGCGAAACAAAUCUGCUACGGGAUUGUUUACGGCAUGGGAGGUAAAUGUUUAGCCGAACAGUUGGAAGUCGGGGAAGAAGAGGCUCAACUCUUUGUUAACACUUUACACGCAACGUAUCCUAGUAUACAAAGCUUUAUAACAAACACAGGUCAACCGAUGUGGAAAAAAAUUCAGGAGGAAAAUGAAUUGAGCUGCUGACAUUGGCCUAUUCUGGAAUACAUCAGUUUGCAUCAUAAUCAGAAAGGUAAUAUUGCCUCUUUUAAUUCCUUAUCCAGUUGUAGCUAUGACUUGAGUCUGCGUAGAUAAAUUUCUUAGCUUUAUUUGAAAUUUGAGGCUGUGAUAACUUUUUGAAAACGACAAGAUAUUUUCUAAACUAAAGCUUCACUAGAUCUACCCAAAAGCAAGCAAUCUUUAUUUCAACAUAGAGAUAGCAAUUACUUGUUACACCAAAAGUACCCCGCCAGGGUGUGUUCUGUUAUUUCCCGCCCGAAUUAUUUUGGGUAGCUUUUUUCUCAGAAUUUAUUAAUCACAUCGUCAUGGUUUCAACUGCGCUAGGUUGGUUUACGUUAACGAUCACAUCAUCGCCGUGUCUGAUCCUUUUCGAUUGCACUAUAUGAUGCAGCGAGUGUGGGUGUAUGUCGAAAAUAUAAAUUACGCAGAAA